AUGGCACUCUUGGCUGGGGCAGCGCGGCCGAUCGCGGCCGCUGCUGGCAGCACUAAGCCGCUGCCGCUGCCGCUCACCCCUGGGACGGCCGGGCGUGAAGGUAGCUUGCCGCACCAGGACGCCCAUGGAGGCCUCGUGGAUCACACCGCCACGGCUGAGCAUCACGUGAAGCACGUGGCGGCGAUCACGGGCGCCAAGCCCUCGUCGGGAGAGCAGGCGCGGGCGCACGCGCAUGCGCACCACCAAGCGCGGCAGGCGUCGCGCGAGCGGGAGCGGAUGCGGAACCAGAUGUUCAUUGGUUACAACGAGGGCGGCGCUCCCCAGCACAGCAUCGUCCUCACCACCAACCUCGGGAUCAUCACCAUCACGCCGCGCAGCGACCUCAGCCCGGCAACCGUCGCGCGCGUCAUGGCGCUCGCGUCGAGCGCGGACGCGCGGCACGGCGAGAUCAACCGCCACGAGCCAGUCCCGCCGGGGGAGGGCCCCCCCCUGGAGGGCAACCCUUCGCUGGUCAGGGGGGACGUGGCUAUGGUGCCUGGCAGCAUGACGUUUGUGAUCGCGCUGGCGGAGCACCCAGAGUGGGGCAACUCCCACACCCUGUGGGGCAAGAUUGAGAGCACGGAUAGUGAGAGCUGGGAGACCCUCAGCCGCAUCCCCACAAAGCCCUACACCAACCUCACAGACGGGCCCAUCACAACCCGCUGGCUUCAAAAGGGCGCGGUCGUGCCGCUGCGCGUGCAGGUCGCCGCCGCCGCCCCGCGGAGACACCUCAGACCGGCGCCCGCGCUCGGCGCAGAGGUGGUGGAGGCGUGA